GCCACAAAAAGGCUAUGGACAUUUCUCAGCCACAAAAUAUAAGACUACAUUCAUAAUUUAUUCCAACCAAAGAACAUCUAACAAAAAUCAGUUCCAUCCUCACCCCACCAACGUGUCAAUUUUCCAUUCAUAAUCCCAGAUUUCCUUGGAUGAGAUUCCAGAUUGCCAUCGCUUUCACUUCACCCUUAUCUCUCUCUAUACAUAUAAUCAAUGGUGAUUAAAGCCAAGCCCAUUACUCAAACACCAACCACCAAUGGCAACCGAGAUGGCCGCACUGCUCAAACCCGUUUCCAAAAUCGGCUACUGUCACAGCACCACCAUCCUGCCACGGCGAAUCUCCACCAUCCGCAUGUCCGCCGCCACCACCACCACCCCCACCAAACCCUCCGGCAGCGGAAAGAACAAGAACAAGAAGGCGAUUAAGGAAACACUACUUGCACCAAGGUUCUACACGACAGACUUCGAUGAAAUGGAGCAGCUGUUCAACGUGGAGAUGAACAAGAACCUGAAUGAGGCUGAGUUUGAAGCCUUGUUGCAGGAGUUUAAAACAGAUUAUAACCAGACCCAUUUUGUCAGGAAUAAGGAGUUUAAGGAGGCUGCGGAUGAGAUUCAGGGCCCACUUAGGCAGAUCUUUGUUGAGUUUCUUGAGAGGUCUUGCACUGCUGAGUUUUCUGGCUUUUUGUUGUACAAGGAGCUUGGUAGAAGACUUAAGAAAACAAACCCAGUGGUUGCAGAGAUCUUCUCCCUCAUGUCAAGGGAUGAAGCCCGCCAUGCCGGGUUUCUAAACAAGGGAUUAUCAGACUUCAACUUGGCAUUGGACUUAGGAUUCUUGACAAAAGCAAGAAAAUACACCUUCUUCAAGCCAAAAUUCAUAUUUUACGCAACAUAUCUCUCCGAAAAGAUCGGUUACUGGAGGUACAUCACCAUAUACCGGCACCUAAAAGCCAACCCUCAGUACCAAUGCUACCCCAUUUUCAAGUACUUUGAGAACUGGUGUCAAGAUGAAAACCGACACGGUGACUUCUUUUCCGCACUCAUGAAGGCCCAGCCUCAGUUCCUCAAUGACUGGAAAGCUAAACUUUGGGCUAGAUUCUUCUGCUUAUCUGUGUAUGUUACCAUGUAUCUUAACGAUACCCAAAGAACUGCUUUCUAUGAAGGGAUUGGGCUGGACACAAAGGAGUUUGACAUGCAUGUCAUCAUUGAGACAAACCGCACGACAGCAAGGAUCUUCCCAGCUGUACUGGAUGUAGAAAACCCUGAGUUCAAGAGGAAAUUGGACCGCAUGGCUGACCUUAACUCCAAGAUCAUAGCGAUUGGGGAGACUGAUGACAUUCCAUUGGUGAAGAAUUUGAAGAGGGUCCCACAUAUUGCUGGUUUGGUUUCGGAGCUGUUGGCUGCGUACCUGAUGAAACCGAUUGAAUCGGGAUCGGUUGAUAUUGCAGAGUUGGAUCCUCAGCUUGUUUACUAGAUGCUACUAUGUUUUUGUAGAGGAAUGAAUCAAAGGAAGUCAUGGUGUUUUGAUUGUUGUGUAAAAAGAUACACUGAUAAUUUUGAUGAAUUCAUGUUCUAAUGUUAUUUGAUAGCUAUUUAUUUAAUAUAAUGGGAAUCGUUGGUUA